AUGAGGGGGUAUCCUCUCUUUCUGGAGCUCGGUCUGAGGGGACUGCUGCUUGUGUCUAUCACUGCUCUGCUGCUCCUGUACUUUCUGAACAAAAAGGAUCCUCCUAACUUUCCCCCGGGACCACUAGCUCUCCCUCUUCUAGGAAACGUCUUCAGCAUCGAAGCCAAACAGCCUCACAUUUACCUAACCAAGCUCGUUGACGUUUAUGGGAAUGUGUUCUGCAUUCGUCUGGGAAGACACAAAACAGUGUUUCUGUCUGGGUGGAAGAUGGUGAAGGAAGCUUUAGUGACACAGGCGGACAACUUUGUGGAUCGACCCUACAGCCCAAUGGUUAACAGAAUUUAUUCAGGCAACUCAGCAGGUCUUUUCUUCAGUAACGGGAAGGUGUGGAGGAGACAGCGACGCUUCGCCAUGGCCAUGCUACGCACCUUUGGUCUGGCCAAGAGCUCCACAGAGCAGAGCAUCUGUGAAGAGAGCCAACAUCUGCAUGAGGAGAUGGAGAAGGAGAAAGGUAAGCCGUUCGACCCCGUGCCGGUCUUAAACAGCGCUGUAGCCAACAUCAUCUGUCAGAUAGUGUUUGGGAGACGGUUUGACUACAGCGACCACGACUUUCAGAGCAUGCUGAAGGAUCUGGCUGUGAUUGCCUACUUGGAAGGCUCCAUAUGGGCUCUACUUUAUGAUGCGUGCCCUGCUCUGAUGAAACACCUGCCCGGGCCUCACAACGGCAUCUUCAGCAACUCCAAAUCUCUGGUGGCAUCUAUCAGGAGAGAGAUAGAACGGCACAAGUUAGAUCUGAACCCCAGCGACCCUCGAGGUUACAUCGACACCUUCCUGAUAGAAGAGAAACACAACAGACGCAGUGAACAGGGCUUUGAGGAAGGAAACCUGGCUCUGUGUUGCCUGGAUCUGUUCAUGGCCGGCAGCGAAACCACCUCAAAGACCCUGCAGUGGGGGCUGAUCUACCUCAUCAAGAACCCUCAUAUCCAAGAAAAAGUCCAGGCAGAGAUAGACGGAGUGAUCGGACAGAGCCGUCAGCCCACUAUGACCGACCGGCCCAACAUGCCCUACACUGACGCUGUCAUCCAUGAGAUCCAGAGGAUGGGAAACAUUGUUCCUCUGAAUGGACUCAGAGUAGCUGCCAAGGACACAACACUGGGUGGUUACUCCAUACCAAAGGGAACCUCUGUUAUGCCCAACCUCACUUCUGUGCUGUUUGACAAGACUGAGUGGGAAACUCCAGACACCUUCAACCCCGGACACUUCCUGGAUGCUGAGGGAAAGUUUGUGAGGAGGGAAGCGUUUUUACCUUUCUCUGCAGGAAAGCGGGCCUGCCUGGGAGAAGGCCUGGCGAGAAUGGAGCUGUUUUUGUUCUUCGUCAAUUUGUUUCAGAAGUUUUGUUUUUCCACUCUGGAAGGAGUUGAGUUGAGGACAGAGGGAAUCACUGGAGCCACACGUUCUCCGUACCCCUUUAAGAUCUAUGCCAAGAGCCGAUAAAUCCUGUAACUGCUCCCCUGUACUAAAUACUAAUCCACAAUGUAUUUUACAGUUUCAUAAAUAGACAACAUCUGC